AUGGGUCAAGCCACCACCAACAUUUUCCUAUGGACAGGCCUUGCCGUUGGUGCGCUUGCCCAGUUCAGCCAAAAGAUUGACUUGGCUGCCCUGGGACCAGUGUACCAACCGGCGGCCAAUCAUUCCUUCCAGGCCUUUGCUACCGCCAAACAGCAAGCUACAGACGCCAUCAAUCAGGUGAUAGCCACGGGCAACAACACCUACGGAGUUUUGGACAACCAAGGAACAUCAUUUUCAGCAUCCGUGUUCGAUCUGACCAGUAACGAGUAUCUGUUCGAGUUUCAUUUUGAAGCACCGGGACUCAAUGGCUCGCUUACCAAAGGGAAACUCACCGAAAACACCAUCUAUCGGACUGGGAGUCUGGGGAAGCUUUUGACGAUUUACAAUUGGCUGGUCGACAUUGGCGACGAGGUCUAUCUGGAUCCAAUCACUAAAUAUCUUCCUGAAUUGGAGGCUGCAGUCAAGUCGUACAAGAAUCCGCUCCUGUCGACCAACUGGAGUGAAGUCACCGUUGGAUCGUUGGCCUCGCAAAUCUCAGGCAUGGGGCGUGAUUUCCACCUAGGUGACCUCGCAAUUCAAUCAUUCCAGUCUCCCCCUGUAUCUGAUACGGUGGACAAGGAUGGAUAUCCUCCACUGGGAAACGAGAGCAUCAUUGAGUGCAACUCUUAUGGCGAUUCUCUUCCAUCGUGUACAAGAGCACAAUUUCUUCGGGGCGUCAUCGAACACCCACCCGUCUUUCCCUCGUAUACGACUCCGAGCUAUUCGAAUCUCGCGUAUGCUAUUCUGGGCCUUGCUUACGAGAACAUCACCGGCAAGUCCAUCUCGGAUGGUAUGCGAGAGCUCUACAAUGACAGAUUGGGGAUGACUUCGACGACACCAACGGCCCCUCCGAAUGGUUCAGAUGCCAUUAUCCCAAGAAAUGACAGUUAUGCAGUCUUUACCUACGACAUAGGCAUCCAACGACCUGCUGGUGGGCAGUAUAUUACAACAAAAGAUCUCAAGACCUGGGGUCAAGCCAUUUUGAGCAACAAGCUACUACCAGGCUUUGUCACACGCAGAUGGAUGAAGCCGACAACGUUCACGUCACAGUGGGAGUCGGCAGUUGGUGCUCCGUGGGAAAUCUACAGAUAUACGAUACCCGCCGACACAAUCAUUAAUGCUAGCCGCAUUGUAGACGCAUACACUAAAUCCGGAGACAUUGGCGUGUACUCGACAGUGUUCGGUCUUGUCCCAGACUAUAAUCUUGGGUUCACCGUCUUGACCGCGGGUGACAAUCCCAACAGCCAGGUGCCUCCGGUUCGAGGUCCUCUCGUUGAUAUUUUUUACAAAGCCGCAGAAGCCGCGGCCAAGGAACAAGCCAAGAGAGCUUUCACCGGUACCUUCAAAUCCAGCGAUCGAAACUCGUCCAUCACACUGGUCGUCGACGGAGGGGCAGGAGUCAAGGUCGAGCAGUGGACGAGCAACGGCACGGAUUUCUUGACCCAGGAGUACCUGAAAUCGUAUCACGACUUCCGACUUUUCCCUACGGAACUGAGUACAGAGGCAGAUGGCCUCACGUACUACAAAUACCACCUCGACAGCUUUGUCAAUCCAAACGGGGAACCUUUUACGGGAGACCCUUGGGCGGAGUACAAUGACUAUUGGAUUCAGAUUGACUCCAACAUCUACGACAAUCUUUCCACCGAUGCAUUCGUCAUCGGCUUUGACAAGGACGGUAUUGUACAGAGCGUGGCUUCUCAAGCCUUGAGGACCACAAUGGUGCGGUCUUCCUAG